UCGAAGACUCAAUGUUGAGAACGACUGCUGCGAGAAGAAAAAGUAUUGAGCUGGACGGCAUGAGCCUGACUGACGUCGUGGGCCUCUAUCCAGCCCUAACCCUCGAGAAGGAGAUCUUGAAUGAAUGUCGUCGCCUGACUGGUGUAUCACCUGAUGAAGCAUUACUGCGUGCACUGAGAGAAUUCAGUGAGCACAUCCUCAAUGCAGCGGCACAAAAGCACGCAGCACAGACUACCCUUUGCUCUCUGCAGGCAGACAUGUCAGUGGACAACAGGAUUGCAAGAAACUAUGCCAAAGGAGUGGGUGCCAUCAUGGUCCUUCCAUUUCUCGUCAACGAGCGAGGAGGUGAAAUAUUCACAGAAAUGACACCAGGGAAGGGAUUCACACAUCCGACACUGCUCUACACUGGCGAAAACCCCGUAUCUUCUGAGGCCAUGUGCGUGAAGUGCGAGAAUGUCUGUGUAGACGUCCUUGAUUUUACGUCAGGACUGUCGUUACUUUUUGCGAUGUACUGGGCGUACAACAUUGAAUAUGUCGCAUCCGCGAAGAAUACGCUGUGCCUGCUAGAACACAUGAUGGGCAUAAACAGCUCUAAAUUGACCACCAGAGGCAUAAAAGUGCUGACUGCACUGAAAGCGCAAUCGAAAGCAAGUAGGUCAAACGCAAGUUCAGGGCAAUCAGGUGUGACUGAUUGAAGUUUGAGUGUUAAAGCACAAUACCUUUAAGUACUAGUCAUAGCUGUCUAGCAGGGCUACGCAGAAGUUAUUUAUUAAUGUGUUGUUAUAGCUGUCUGGUAAGAGCUAGUCAGAAGUUGUUUAAUAAUGUGUUGUGAUCGCUGUUGAGUGAGAGCUAGUCAGGAGUUAUUUAAUGUUGCAAUAUAAUUCUCACUGGAAGCCACUG